UGGCUUUCUUCUCCAGAUUCAUUCUCCACUGAACUACACACUCCAUCAUGGCAUAUAUCUCAGAAGGCAGUGGAAACAGAAGGGGUACAGGCUCUACCACCAUGAGUCCCCUCUCGUGGGCAUUCUUGAACCAAUUGAACAUACGGUCCACUCUGAAUUGCAAGGAAGUGACCAUGAUACCGUCCAUCAACUCGUACUUGAAGUUUGUCGACCGAUGUUACAAGGCAAUUGUCCAUACUUUUCCACUGAUUUCGUACAGCAUUGGUCCAGCCACUUUCCGUCACAUUGCUGCGUUAAUGUUUGCCAAAAGAAUGGAGGACAUCAACUUGAAAAGCUCAGGCAUCAGGUCCACUGUGGAGACUAGAGUCUAUAUUCCUCCAGGAACCCAGAUUUUCCAGCCUAUCCUGGACAUAUUGAGUUCGGUUGGAGUCACCAAAAUCCCAGAAACGUCAACCAUCUACAUACCCAUGCACCCUUUGCCCAACAGCGUGAAAAGAGAAGAUGUAUCUUACGAUUAUGAAUUGGAAAUAAGAAAAGGCUGUGCUUUUGACUGGGAAAAGUUAAGCAUGGAUGCAAAAAGUGAAAUGGAACUGUUGAACAAACCAGUGGAAUCCACCAACGGUGUUCACGCCAAAGUCACAAAAACAAAUUAUUAUGAACAGUAUGACAAAUUGAAAGGCAGAUCCAAGAAACCGGCCACCAAAAAGUCAGCUUCCACAAAGGCAACAUCUGUCAACGAUGAGGAAAUGAAUGGCGAUUCAGUUUCCAACAGCUCGGUUGGUUCCCAAAUCAGCAAACUCGAAAACGAAGAAACAGAUUUGACCCUUGAGGAGGUGAUUCGUAAGAUGAGAGAAAAUGAAUUCAGGCGUAGAGACCCUGUCAGAUGGGUGGUUUCCGAUGAAAAUACCAGGUUCCAGGAUCCUGCAUUUGGUCAGUACUUGGGAUGGUUUGAGGGUGAGUGGGAAGCAUACAAAAAAAUGACUGACCAUAUCAAAGGCAAAAUCUUGAUGGAUUCCAAAUGGCCUGUUUCGCCUGCUGGUUCUACUGCCUGGAUCUUGGAUGUGUGUAGGGGUUCUAAUGGCUAUUUUGUCCAGAUGCCACUAUCCACAAUUUCUCUGGCCGACCAGGCCUUGGCUCUCUUGAUUCCCAUGUCUUCGUGGCACCUUCAUGACCAGUCAAGGAUUGUAGAGCAUUGGUAUAGUGCUUCCCAUGCUAUUGAAGACAACUAUGAUCCUUUGGCCCAGUGGAUUGACAAGGCGACACGCCUGAAAGACUUCUCUAAGUAAUAUAGAGAAAGAUACAAAGAAUAUUAUGAACAUUAUGGUCGACUAUUGUAAGUGCUUGGUGGGUUAUGAAAGUAUGUCCUUG